UUUAUUUGGAACGCUAUCGCACCACCCAUGACAGAAGAACACUUUACUGGAAGUCGUAUUCCGCUGGGUUCAUGACAACCAUGCACUCCCAAUCGCCUAGAAUGAUCUCUUCUCUCUCAUUUUCUUUUAAAAGUUAGGUUAAUCUUAUACAGUAAAUUACACUGUAGGCUAUGUAGUGCUUUUUGGUAAUAGUCCUUGAUUUGGGAAUUUGGACAGCUCUUUCAAGGAGGUCCCGACCAAACAGUGGACUUUAUUGGGAAUGGAUCACCAAGUUCGUCUAAUUUAUUUUCUAUUUCCGUUGAUAUGCUCUAUAACAGCAACAAUACUUCAAAUAAUCGACCCUGAACCAGCACAGCAAACUACAUGCAGCAAGGGGUUGACUGACUGCAGUCAAAAAGCUGCGGUCGUUCCGUUUGAGGAGGGUCCUGUAAACAUCAGCCGACUAGACCUCAAACUGUUUCUAUGUUGUACAAACAGAAUAGACUGCAAACUGUGCUUGCGUAUUCAGCUCUACCUCUCAGCCCAAGGUCAGCAUGUGGACGAGGAGGUGUCUGGUGACUAUGGAGAGUACAGGAACCUGGAUAAGUUGGUAGUACAAGGGAGUAGUAGGGAGGUGACAGGCAUCCCAACAGAAGUGUGUUAUAGCUUCCCUAACUUCCAGCCUCGAUGUACGGAAGUGAGGUUCAGAUGCUGUCACUCUGCACGGAGUGAGCCAUUCUUAUUUGAGAUGUGGCUGUCCUUCCUGGCUAAGGCAAGGUUUGGCAGCCCAGUCCUCGUCACACUGCUCAAUAUAGCGAGCACCAUUACCAUCCCAUCAUUACAAGAAGUUUGUUCCCCUGACCUGUAUGUUUCAGUUGAAGAGUGUGAUGUGCCCAAGCUUCAAGCUGUGACUGACCUGAGGAAAGGUGUGGUUCUGCUCCAAUUGGACAACUCUAGUCUGACACAGACCAAGGAGAUGGUGAUGUGCCAGAUGUUUGGGACAGGAGUGGGUGGAGUUUGCAGAAAACAGAAUUGGCACAAAGACCAGAGGGAGAUGGCUAUUCCUCUGACUUCUAUUGCACCUUGCUUGUGUUUUCGGGUCAGGUGGAAAGGAAAGGAACUUCACAACAUGGUCUGCCCCUUCCUUAACCACCAAGAAAUCUUCAGAAGAAUGCGGGAUAACGUGUCUGUGUCUGUGGUGGAGGCACAGACGAGGGAGGGCAAUGGCAAAGCUCUUCAAUGGAACCUGACUGCUCCCUGUAGACUAAAGGGGGAACUCUGGCUGUGCAGGACAGAUGUGGUGGCAGGCCAGUGUGUGGAGGUGGAGGGUUCCAGACAAAAACUGAAUAACCAGUCCAGUGAUGGCUGGAUUGCCACUCUCUAUGGACACUGGAAAUGGGGAGAGUUCCUUAAUGUGAUCCCCGAUCCUGCUCUCUGUGUACAGGUGAAAGUGCAGGGAAUGGAUUCUGACCUGGAGCCAGUGUGUCCAUUUGCAAGAACCCGUGGACGAUGGACUAUGCCUUUGCUUUUUGGUCUGUUGUUCAUCUGUCUGAGCAUUCCAGCAGCCUUUGUCAUACAGGGUGUCCUGAAAGGAUAUUUGUGGAGGUGGUUGAAAGAGGAUGACAUAAAAGGUGCAGUAGGAGGGGGUCAUGUGGUGCUGCUGUACCUCCCUGAUGAGGACCCAGCUUUAUCAGGGCUGGUAGGUCGCCUGGGCACGUCCCUUCAAGCUCUGGGCUUAAGUGUAUCUUUAGACCUGUGGAGUCAGGCUGAACUUGGUGUCUUGGGCCCUGUACCCUGGCUUCACUCCCGGCUGGACCGUCUGCAGAGACAAGGGGGCAAGGUGAUCCUAGUGCUGACCAAGACAUCAUGGGACAGGGCUGAGGACUGGGGCCACCGGGGCUGGGGUAGGGAUUCUCCCAAAGGGAUGGAAGAGGGAGAAGCAGAUGGGGAUUGUCCUGCCCCAUCGUAUUCAGAUGUCUUCAGUGCCUCGUUUAGCUGCAUACUAGCAGACUACCUGCAGGGUCGUGCUGGUGAGCGCUUUGCUUUGGUGCAGUUGGAGUCUCUGCCUCCCCAGCUGGCUGGGGGUAGCAGGCCCUUGCCUGAACUCUUUCGCGGGCUCCCCCUCUUCAGUCUGCCCUCCCAGAGCCUGGGCUUUCUGACUGAACUGGCCAUACGAGGGCGUGGAGCUACUGUGUCUGGGCGAAGGCGACGUGCUGGGGGGCUGAGGGCUGCCUCAAGGGCCCUGGCAGGAGGACUGAGGGGCUUUACUGGUGAGUCCACUGUGUUUCGGCUAGCAGGCGUGUCCCAAGACUGUGUUGGAACAGAGGUGGAGGACCUUUGGGAAACUGUACCCCUGCAGCCAUCGCUGUCUCUUCCCUCCACCCCACCAUCCAGCCCCGAUACAUGUUCCAAGACCGUUGGCUUAGACUGGGUUUGACAGGGCAGGAGAGGCUGUGGAGCCGUCAGAAGCCUAGCAUAUGAGGACAGCUGUGACCAUUGUAGCACUACUGUAAAACUAUUUGGUUUCAAGAACUUAUUACCCCAAAUACUAUGGGUUAUGUAAAGUUAUGUUUCAUCAUGUUUCAUAAUAGGCUUGAAAAGGAGAAAGUUACUUUCGUAAACUACUACUUCACACUUUAUUGUAUUUCUAACUCUAAAUGUGUAGUGUUAACUAUAUCAGAAUAUGGUCGAUAAGCUUACCUUCUUACAACAUACAUUUUUGCUCAUGGGUGUGGUUAUAUGUUUUGCCUUAUGUGAAGUGAUGUAAUUUUUUGCCAUAUUAACUUGACAUGUAUACAUGUAACAUAUUGUAAAUCAGCAGAGUGUGUUCUGAGUGUGUGUGCUAUGGGAUUGUACAUGCUUGUGUUUGUAAUAUGGGAUGUAGAUAAAUGUAGCUACUGUUCGACUUCAAUGUCCAGAUCCUUAUUUUUUUCUAUGCAUUUUUCUAUGUUUCCAUUUAGUAUUUUUUGGAAAUGUUGAUGUGCAUAUUCACAGGGCUUUUUUAAUAAACUAAAACAAAACCUC